CCUCGCAAACUGCACAAGUGUUCAGUUUGCCAAGAGCUUGCCGCACAGUACGUUUGCGUCCGUGCGUGUAUUCGUGUGUGUGUGAUAGCGGUUGUCACUUUGUCACAGUUUGUCUGCACGAGAAAAUUGUGUGAUGCGUCGUCGUACAUGAAUUCGUUUCGGAACUCUUAGAUCCAAUUCCACGACACAUGGAAAUAGGGUCAACCAUCGCGUCAGCUCGACUUGCAGACGGCAGGGUGUAGUGCCUCGACCCCGGAGCUGUGCUUCACCUCUGGAAGGCGGACAUGAGCCCCUCAUGAAGGCCACUGAGGCGGCCGCGGAGCCGCGCAGGAACGGCUUCCUGAACGCCCACCAGCACUCCACGGACGAGGAGGAGGAGGACAACGGAGGCGGCGGGGCGCCCCAGACCGAGGACCCCAGGGCGACAGGGGGCCCGGGGGCGGAGCCCAAGAAGAGCCUGAUCGCCACGCUGGGCGGCACGCACCUGGGCUCCGCCGACUUCCCGGCGCUGAACGGCGGCGGCGGCGGCGCCCGCUUCGAGACGGUGCGCAUCAACCACGUGGGCACGCGGCUGUCGGACCGCAUCCUGGUCCCGUCCUCGCCGCCGGCCGAGCCUGCCGCCGGCCGCCUGCUCAACGGCGACAAGGAGCCGGAGGACCUGGAGACCAGCUGGGACCGCACCGUGGCCGAGGUCAAGGAGCAGGCCUUCGCGCGGCUGCAGGACGAGCUGAAGAAGGCGCGCGUCGAGCUGCGACUGCGAGACGAGGAGGUCAGCCGUCUGAGCCGCAUCAGGGAGGAGGUGGAGUCCGAGCUGGAGGACCUCACCGCCAGCCUCUUCCAGGAGGCGCACAACAUGGUGCGCGAGGCGAACGUGCGACAGCUGGCGGCCGAGAGGUCGCUGAAGGAGAGCCAGAUGCAGGUGGACGUGCUGCUGGCCGAGGUGGCCGCCCUCAAGACGCUGGUGCUCACGUCCACGCCGAGCCGCCCCAACCCGCACCUGCACCCGCAGAUCGACCCCAGCCGCUCCAAGGACGACGCCAGCGUCACGGGAGUGAGUCUGUUCACGAGGAAGCACCGCCGCUCGCCGUCGCACUUCAACCUGAAGUACGGCCGCGAGAACUCCCCGCCCGAGUCGCCCGUCAAGGAGUCGAGGGCGUCUCUGCCGGAGCCGGUCGUCUCGGAGGCCAGGGACGGCUGCGAGGUGGACCCGGUGGUGCACCGGGAGUUCGUCUCGUGGCGGCAGGCCCCCAGCAUGGACAAGGGCGACCCCUUCAUUGCGCGCGUCUACGCCGAGGACAUCGCGACGUGCCUGGACUUCUGCAACGAGGAGCUGGCGGCGAGGGUCGGCUCGGCCGUGGAGACGGGCAACAUCUUCAUCGAGGCCGUCAGUGACAAGGCCAAGAACCUGUUCCCCAAGAAGUGUGCCCUGCUGGAGGCCCCGCGGCAGUGCCACUACCGCAUGAAGCUGGGCGACCAGGAGCAGUGGUAUUGCAUCUCCCAGAUCUGCCGCAACCGGAUAACGGCGGUGUGCGACUUCCUGAACUACCUGCGCUACAUCGAGAGGGGCCUCGUGAAGAGCUCAGUUCACGACGUCUACUGGGAGAUAGUUCGCCUGAGGAAGGAGAUGGUGCUGGCGAGACUUGGCCUGCCCCUGUCCUCCUGAAGAGACGCGUCUCGCGCGUCGCGCACGGCGUCCGAAGCAGCGUCAACGCGGUCCGCCUCGGGUCGGCAGUCCGAGCGAGGCGCCGGUGGGGAGAACGGGAAACCCUGCCGACAGAGGGUCUCGGGAAAAGCAGUCUCCUGUUGUAGUCGAUAGUUUAUUUUUCUGAGACAGCUGCUUCAAGCCCGAGUUGUUAAGCUGAAGUUCUUGGCUGGUUGCCAGAAAGCUCCGAGCAAAAUCCUGUGGCAGCAUUGGGAACUUACAGUUUCGGAAUGAAAUGUAAGUGAUGUUAGACUUAACGUAACUUUUUUUUUGGGAAAAUAGCGGAUUUUUUUUUUGGAUGAUGAACAGGGCUUCCAAACUGCUGUGAAGAAAAAAAAAAUGUUUGGGUUCAUUUUAGCGUGUGCCAUUGAAGUAUGAUGUUGUAAUAACAAAAAAAAAAAUCCUUGAAAUGUGGAAGAGAUGAUCUGUCAAAAAAGCUUUCAUUAUCGAUAUUAUCAUGCUUCUUGAGUAUUUGCUGUUAGCAAAAAUAAUUUUCUCAUAUAUUGUAAUUAUUUCAUGUAUAAUUCAUCUAUAUGUACUUCAAACUGAAAAUGUAGCAAUGCUGUUAUACUUAAAGAUGUAUGUUGAAUUAUCUCAUUUGAUUGGGUACAUAACAAGAAGUGAUGGUCUUUUUUGUAUUCGUGAAUAUGAAUACGCAUGUAUCCGCAAUGAUUACUUUUAUAAAUACGGAUAUAUUCAUAUUUAUAGGUGUGAAUACAAAUAUAUGAAUCAAAAAUAUUCAUAUUUCCAUAUUUAUAUUCAGGUCAGUUUUAUAAAUUCUUCUGAUCAAAUUCAGGUGGAAUCGCGUAGUUAUACGUGGCAAUCAAAUAUUUGAAAGUUUUUCUGUUACAAAAUAAUGAAUUGAAAUUUUUGUUGACGAGUACUUCACCAAAAUUUUAAUUUUAACUUCUGCUAGUUAUGUCCUUAUUUUAAAAAGAACAAUACAUCAAGGAAAGCAGAAAUGUGUGCAUGACGAUUGAAAAUUUGCAUAUUAUUUGAUAGGCAAUUAUAGAUAUGCAAAUAAAUACACAUACAGCCAUUUAAAUAUGAAUAUUGUUGACUUCACACCUAUAACUACAAAUAUAUUCAUAUUCAUAGAAAAUUAUAUUUACAAAUCAAUUAUGACCAUCACUACAAGGGAGUUUAUGUAGAAUUCUGAUGGAACAGCUAUGGCAAUACAAAGAUUCCAUCUAUGUUCAUGCUGAAAGAUUAUUUCGCUGAAACUCCUUGUUUUGUGCUUGAAUCAAACCGCUAUAUAAAAAAAAAAAUUGUUAGCGAAAGUAGUAGUUCUGGAUGUUAUUUUUCUCAAUUUUAUCGGUUGUCACAUGUCUAUAUGUUAAUUGUGAGGGGAAUUGUUCACCGCGCAGGCUGAGAUAUUGCACCUGACAUCUCGCCAACAUUGCUUUAACAGUGUAACUUAAAUUACUGGGUGGUUUUGAGCCAUUUUAUUCUUGGCGGCCCCCAACAUUCUACACCUUUCCGGUAUGUUGUAGCAACAUGAAUAUGUAACUGGAGCGUCUUCCAUGAAACUAAGACUCAACAUUGUGCUCACAUUUUCCUUUUUAGCACGAGGGAGGGUUGGUACCUUGUGCUGAGGCAAGCGUUUCAACAGGUCAUCAACAAACAAAUGAAAACAAGCUAAAAAUACAAGUUAAAAAAAAAGUUAUGUUCCAUUUUUAUCUAAAAUACAUGUGCAUUUGCAUUUGCAUUGCAGUCUUUUCUUAGAAUGAAUUAUUUAGGGUAGGUUAGUAAAUUUUAAUCCAAAUGUGUUUCUUUCUGGUUCGGAAUCGGUGAAUCGGCAACAAUUGUAUCAGCAUAUCGGCAAAAUUUUGUGAAUUGGUUCAGAUCUAGUGUAGGUCUUUGGCUGCUUCUCUUUCUCUCUCAGACCAAGAUAAAAAAAUUUGUUUCUGAAAAAUUUUUAGUUUUAGAAUAUUCUGUAUCAUUAUCUGUAUCACAAAAAUUGGUACAUUCCCUUUUGAUUUUGAUAAGCAACUAUGCCAUUGAAAGUCCAGAUGAAAUGAAUAUUAAGAGUGCCAAACGAAAGUAUGACUACACUAGUUACAAGUUACUUACAUUCUUCUCUGAGAGAAACAUAUUUGAAGUAUACAAAUUUGUAUAUAAAAUCCAGUUGUUAAUGUUGUCAUAUCUACCAAAACAUGACUUUGAAUAACUAAAUGUAUUUUACAGUUCUAAAGUUUAAGAAACAUUAAAAUAAUUUAACAAAAAAUUUUUAUCAAGAAGAAUUUAAAUAAUAAUUUCCACUUUGUUAAAAAAAGAAAGUAUUGUUUUAGUUUUAAAAUGAGAACUCAUCAACACAUCAUCUUCGAGCAAAUGUCACGUUUCUCCAAUGGCGUGGUCUCUCAUUCACUCCUCGAAGAAAUGUCAUUACGCUGUAAAUACAUAUAUUUUUAAUUAGCAGAGCUCAGAUGGGUGCAGUCUUCUCGUUUCCCUGAACUCUGGAACAAGAGGCAUGCAGUGCGCAUCAUUCCAAAAAUGAAAUUGAUUAUGCAUGUCUUCGAAGAACAGGAGAGUAAUACACAGAAUGGAAUAGAUGUUUUCUAUUCGGGAAGCGGUAUUUUCAAAGUCCCUUGUCAAUCUGGUUGCUACACAGCCCCCAACAGCACUUUUUAUUUGUUAAUGUAACUUGCUUAUUCCCUACUAUUCGUUAAAGUACAGAAUAAGUUAAUAAGUUACAAUUCUACGAGAUAAAGUAAUUCAUUACAAGUAAAAGUUACUCCUGAAUAGUCAUCAGUAAAAAUACAAAAAAAAAAAAAUUCAAAUUACUUUGCAUUUAAUUAUAAAUUUGUAAUACUUUAAAAAGUAUAUUUAUUAUUUACCUAUCCACCCAAAAUAUUGCUUUCUUUUAAACUUUAUACUAAGGUGUAUUUCAAUGUUCAAACAGUUAUUUCUUUUAACCGCUUGUUUUGGAUUUCAAAAUAAAUCUUCAAGAACAGUUAACAAAAUUACUUUGUAGGAGAUAUAACAACUUACAAGUAAUAAUCACUCAUAAUUAUCACAAUUACUUUCAAUUUGUUGCAUGCCAUGGUGAUUCCAUAUAAUUGUUGUUUUUUACUGUGGUCAAAUAUUUGUACAUAUUGAAACAGGUAGAUACUCCCCAAAACCAUAGAAUACUGUGUUACAAGUAAUGUGUACUAAUAAACAAUUCCUGUGUAAAUAUGAAAGAUAAAAAUGCAUUUUUAUCUAGAAAAAUGUUCUGUGAAAUAUACAUUUCAUAUGAUCAUCAAAUUUAACAGUUUUUGAAAUUUACCCUCACAUUAUAAGUCGCACGACUCAUGUUAAACUGAGAAUUGAAUUAUACUUUAAUGGUUCUCUACAUCCAUAUUGUUCUUUAAACCAAAGAAACAAACUGUUACGUAUGUAGCAGAAUGUACAAGUCCCAAAAUGGUUACAAACAUAUUCAUUAUAAAUUUUUUUUGAGUAUGCUAGUGCUGUUAUUUUAGCUGUGCAUUUUAAAGCUUGCUGUUAUUGUUUUUUAAAUAAAUAUUCUUGUUGAUUGUCAUAUAUGUAUAUAUGUGUUUAGACUAUAGAUGGACACUAAUAAAUCAUAAACCUGCUUGUUCAUUGUUAUGAAUAUAUUUUAAGGCAUAAGCAAUUAUAAGUUGCGUUCCUCGGGAAAGUGUUGAACAUGAUCCCGUUUAUAAUAACUAUUGUACUUUAUCAUGAAAUUGUUCAUCAGUUUAUUGGUAUCUACUGGCCAAUACUGAACUGAUAAAAUUCAAAAUUAAUAUAAUAAUUGAAGGUCACACAUUUUGUGCUUACGAAUAAAAACUCAAAUAAUUCCUGCACAAUUAUUGUACCUACUGCUUUUUUUACCUGCAAACCAUAUAGUUGGAGCGCUCAAGGCAUGUAUUGGUUUGCAUUUUAUCGACUGAAACACGGACAGAAUUAAUGAAAAAAAUUAUCAGAAAAAACUUUGCAUGAAUUGAAGCUAUAUUAACAAACUAAACGUGCAGUUCAUAAACUUUAUUUAAAUAUGUCCUAGUAAAAAGGUCCCUGGUAAGUGUUUUCAUUUUUUUGUUCACAAAUUGAUUUUUCCAUUAAUAUUUUUUUUUUAAUAGUUUUAGUAAGAUCACUACUCUCAGCAGAAUUAUGAACAUAAAAUAUUGACUGCAUUAGUUCUUAAAGCAGGCAUUUGUAAAGUUUACUUACAAUAAAUUAUCACAGAGUAUGUCAUGUAUUUUCAUCAUACGUAAGUCAUACUGGAAAUGUUAAAGCUUAAAAGUUAAUUUAGUCUUCCAUUACAGAACGACCUUUGUGAUAUACUAAAUGGCUAUAAAAUGUUCAAUAAAAUUGUAACAUAUCUGAAAAUUGUAUCUAGUGCGAAUUUGUAACAUAAAAUACUCAUUCUGUACUCUCAGUAUGUUCUUGAAAUUAAAUUAGAAUAAAUUUUGAGUUGA